AUGGCCGGCGAAAGAAAGAAAACAGAUGCGUGUAUAAACAGAAUAUUGUCGGAUGAUUUGUUGGUGGAGAUUCUGCAUAGAAUUCCUUGUGAAUCCGCCUUCCGGUGUAAGUCCGUCUGCAAAAAAUGGCAAAACCUAAUUUCAAGUCCUAAUUUCAUCAAGUGUUUUACUCGCCGCCGCCGUUCCGAUCAUCGGAAAAAAAUUCGGGAGGGUGGAGCUGUGGUUAAAUGCAUAUUUAAUCAUAUGUUCGUCAUUCCUUCAGACUAUAAGCAACAGUUUUCUUUUGAUUUCUUACCGUUCUUCAGUUCCAUACAAGAAAACCCAACUCGUUUUAUUGCGGGUUCAUGCAAGGGUGUCUUCUUGUGCACGGCAGAUCUGAAAAUUCAAGAUCAGACGGUGUAUUACGUUUGCAGCCCCAUCACCAAGCGUUGGAUUGCUCUCCCUCCGCCGCCUCCUCUCUUCGAAUCAGACGAGUCAGUCCAUAUAUAUCUCGGUUUGGCCGUAACCGGUUUCUCCUCGUCCAAGGCCAAGUUCAAAGUGGUUCGUGUUCUUCCUCCGGUUACCGGUGAGAAAGAACUGUCCAGCUUUACAGUGGACGUAUUUUCUUCAAAAACCGGAAAAUGGGCACGUUUGACCACCGGGACAUCUCCGAAAUCCUUUACUUGGUACCACACUCGGACUCCGGCCAUCUACUACCGGGGACUCCUGCAUUGGCAUGGCACAUUAGACAAUCAAAUUGUGGUUUACGAUUUGAGUAAAAACAGCUUCGUUUUCAUCAUUGAUCCUCCUGGUGAUUUUGAAAAAUAUUCACAAUUCUUACCUGUUUUAUCCGGUGGGUAUUUCUACGUUUGUCAAUUGGAAGACCUGACUCUGAAAAUGUGGCAACUCAAUUACUUGAACAACAAGCAACAGCCGGAGUGGAGACUUAAGUGCGAAUUUCUGUUGCAUCAAUACAUCUGCCAUGGCCGUCGUUGGAUAGACGAUGUGUUCAUCGACGACGUGCUUACCAUCCAUCCAUAUGAUCACAAUAUUCUAUAUUUGCGGGCUGGACCAAUACGCUGUUUUACUGCCAAUAAGUAUGAAAAACAGUAUGUUGUUACUUGUAAUUUAAGGACCAAAACCUUGAAUUUGGAGUACGAGUCUGAGAAUGAUUUGAUUCAUUGUGCCACUGCUACUUACACAAUGGGGCUUCGCAUGUGGCCACCUCCUAUAUCUCCGGCGGCAAGGCCUUAA